AUGACGCUCCCAGCUACCCUGGCCUGCCAUCCUUGCUUUGUUGUGUCCCCAGAUCCCCACAGAAAUGCCGGAAAAAAUCCAAUCACAGUUGCUGAUAACAUAAUCGAUGCUAUUGUAGACUUCUCAUUGCAGCGUUCCACCCCAUCAUUAAAAACCGUUAAAGUUGUCAUCUUUCAACCUAAGCUGCUAAAUGUAUUCUACGACAGCAUGAAAAGAGACCUCUCCGCAUCACCGAACUUUCAAUCUGCAUUCUCCAUGACUACAUAUAAUCUUCCUGAACACUGGACUGACAUGAAUCAUCAGCUGUUUUGCAUGGUCCAGAUAGACCCAGGACAACCAGAAUAUAAUACCAUAAAGGACACGUUCACCCAAACUUGUUCUUCCUACACAAUAGAGAAGAUUGAGAGGAUACAGAAUGCAUUUCUCUGGCAGAGCUAUCAGGUAAAGAAAAGGCAAAUGGAUAUCAAGAAUGACCAUAUGAAUAAUGAGAGACUCCUCUUCCAUGGGACAGAUGCAGACUCAGUGCCAUGUGUCAAUCAGCAUGGCUUUAAUCGAAGUUAUGCUGGGAAGAAUGCUGUAUUCUAUGGAAAAGGAACCUAUUUUGCUGUGGAUGCCAGUUAUUCUGCCAAUGACACCUACUCCAAGCCGGACAGCAAUGGGAGAAAGCACAUGUAUGUUGUGCGAGUACUUACCGGAGUCUUCACACAGGGACGUGCAGGAUUAGUUACCCCUCCACCCAAGAAUCCUCACAAUCCCACAGAUCUCUUUGACUCAGUGACAGACAAUACACAAUCUCCAAAGCUAUUUGUGAUAUUCUUUGAUAAUCAGGCUUACCCAGAAUAUCUCAUAACUUUCACGCGUUAAAAAUAUUUUUAUCGCAGCACACCAACAUGGCACAAGUAUACAUAUGUAACAAACCUGCACGUUAUGCACAUGUACCCUAGAACUUAAAGUAUAAUUAAAAAAAAAAAAGAAAAGAAAAAAAAUUUUUAUCAUUAAACAGAUGAUUUAAGUAAUCUGUGAGAACAACAUGCAAUCUUUGUCUUUGCUUUUGGCCUGUUUAAGCAGACAAAAGUUUCCCUUUUAGGUGCUAAAAUGCUGAAAAUUACCUUUUUAAAAUGCUCUAUUGCUGCAAUUUGUAGCAUACCUUUUUUUCUCAGCAAAUUGAUGGGUGGAAGCUAAGAAAUGUAUGGUAAAUGUCACAGUUAGAGCUAGAGCUAUUUACAGACACCAAAUCUGUAGGAGAAUAAAAAGCACAUUAUUCUU